UGUCCUAUCCCUUCUAUCAUGUAUAUGACGAUAUGACACGUAUGUCGGUUCUCUCUUUACCUAUAUGGAUCUAAAUGUCAGUAAAUUUUGACAGGCCCUUAUUUAUGCGUGUUUUUCUCAGUUCUGAUUUUAGAUUGUAGGGUAAUCUUCUUCUCAGUACAGCGUUACAAACAUCUAAGAAAAUGAGCACGAUAACCGAGCAACCAUGCUACACUUUGAUAAACAUCCCUACCGACACAGAACCACUCAAUGAACUCCAGUUAAAACAGGAUCUUGAGAAGGGUAGUGUCCAGUCGAAAAUUGAUGCGCUCAAGAAAACGAUUCACAUGAUCUUAAGUGGUGAACGAUUACCAGGACUCCUAAUGACAAUCAUUAGGUUCGUUCUGCCUCUGCAGAAUCAUACCAUCAAGAAACUGCUGCUGAUAUUUUGGGAGAUUGUGCCAAAAACCUCUGCUGAUGGCAAGCUGUUGCAAGAAAUGAUCCUAGUAUGUGACGCAUAUAGGAAAGACUUGCAGCAUCCCAAUGAAUUUGUCAGAGGGUCCACUCUCAGAUUUUUGUGCAAAUUGAAGGAGCCAGAACUUCUAGAGCCACUGAUGCCGGCAAUAACCGCUUGUCUGGAGCACAGACAUUCUUAUGUCCGACGUAACGCAGUACUCGCUAUUUUUACUAUAUACAGAAAUUUUGAAUUUCUCAUACCAGACGCUCCAGAUUUAAUUGCAAAGUAUCUAGAAGGGGAACAAGACAUGUCAUGUAGAAGAAAUGCAUUCUUGAUGUUGCUGCACGCCGAUCAGAGUAAAGCUCUCGCAUAUUUAGCUGCAUGUCUCGAUCAAGUGCCGAGUUUUGGUGAUAUACUACAGUUGGUCAUUGUUGAAUUAAUAUAUAAGGUUUGUCUUGCAAAUCCAUCGGAAAGAGCACGUUUUAUCAGAUGUAUUUACAGUUUGCUAAAUUCACCUAGCGCUGCUGUACGUUACGAAGCAGCCGGCACGUUGGUGACUCUUUCUAGUGCGCCAACCGCGAUCAAAGCUGCAGCUUCUUGCUACAUCGAAUUGGUUGUCAAGGAGAGUGACAACAAUGUGAAACUUAUCGUACUGGAUCGGCUAAUUGCGAUGAAAGACAGUCCUGUAUACGAAAGAGUACUUCAAGAUCUUGUAAUGGAUAUACUCCGCGUUUUAGGAUCACCAGCCUUAGAAGUCAGGACAAAAACCUUAGCUCUAGCCAUGGAUUUGGUUACAACUCGCACAAUCGAAGAAAUGGUCCAACUUUUGAAGAAGGAAGUUCUUAGGACAGCUGGUGGAGAGCAUGAGGAUGCUGGCAGAUAUCGCCAGCUCUUGAUACGUACUCUCCAUACAUGUUCCAUGAAAUUCGCGGAUGUUGCUGUUACCGUCAUUCCUGUUUUGACCGAUUUUCUAUCGGAAAGUAACGAAGCAGCUGCUACGGAUCUUCUUGUAUUUAUUCGUGAAGCUAUUCAAAGAUUCGAGAAUCUCAGACCAUUGAUUGUCGAGAAAUUGUUGGAAGUAUACCCUCACAUACGAUCCGUAAAAGUACACAGAGCCGCACUUUGGAUACUCGGCGAAUAUGCUACAUCAAAAGAAGACAUAGAAGCUGUGAUGAGUCGUAUACGAGCAGCAUUAGGCGAGUCGCCAUUACUCGAGGCAGAAAACAAACGUCAAGCUGGCGAAAAGUCUGAAGAUGGUAAUUCGCAGGCUGCACCUGCGCAACUCGUAACAUCUGAUGGAACUUACGCGACUCAAAGUGCUUUCAGUGCUGCAUCUUCACGGAAAAAGGAAAAGAAGCGACCGACAUUAUUGCAAUAUAUGAUGGAAGGCGAUUUUUUUAUUGGUGCGUCCUUGGCUACCACAUUGGCAAAAUUAGCUCUCCGCUAUAAGAUACUUGAGACCGACAUCCAAAAAAGCAAUAGAUUGCAGGCAGAAGCAAUGUUUGUAAUGACCAGUGUAUUGCAAUUGGGCCGUUCAGGUAUUCCCUGCAAAGCAAUGACACACGACGACGCGGAGAGAGUUUCCUUGUGCCUCAGAUCUCUUGCUUGUCCAACACCUCUUGUACAAAAGGUCUUCACCGAAGGAUGUCGCGAUGCACUCGGUAGAAUGUUAACUGCAAAGGCGGAAGAGGACUCGCAAAAUCAGAAGGCCAAGGAAAAACCGGGCAGUAUUGUCCAAGUCGAUGACGCAAUUCAAUUCUUGCAAUUGAGCCGAGGAUCCGAUCUGGCUGGUGGGGCUGAUGAUAUGUUCGAACAAAGUCUCAGCGCAGCUGUAGCAGGACGACCUGGCACCAGCGGAGACACUCCGAGUGCCUUGAGCAAAGUCAUUCAACUCACUGGUUUCUCGGAUCCAGUUUAUGCGGAGGCCUUGGUGCAUGUUAAUCAAUAUGACAUCGUGCUGGACGUGCUGAUAGUCAAUCAAACAGAAGACACUUUGCAGAAUUGUACAUUGGAAUUGGCUACUUUGGGUGAUUUGAAGCUAGUGGAGAGACCGCAACCUGUUGUACUUGCGCCUAGGGAUUUCGCUAGUAUCAAAGCAAAUGUGAAAGUCACAUCUACGGAGAACGGAAUUAUUUUUGGAAAUAUUGUUUAUGAUGUAUCAGGAGCAGGCUCUGACAGAAGCGUAGUUGUUCUUAACGAUAUACAUAUCGAUAUCAUGGAUUAUAUAGUGCCUGCGACGUGCACUGACACGGAAUUCCGCCAAAUGUGGGCCGAAUUUGAAUGGGAGAACAAAGUCUCUGUCAAUACGACUCUGUCUGACUUGAGAGAGUAUCUUGCACAUUUGUUGAAAUCCACAAAUAUGCGUUGUCUUACGCCGGAAAAGGCUCUUUCAGGACAAUGUGGAUUUAUGGCUGCAAAUAUGUAUGCUAAAUCGAUAUUCGGCGAGGAUGCAUUGGCGAAUUUAUCCAUCGAGAAACCACUGAACAAACCUGACGCGCCAGUGGUCGGUCAUAUUCGUAUUAGAGCCAAGAGCCAAGGUAUGGCUUUAUCCUUAGGCGAUAAGAUUAAUUCAGCGCAGAAGGAUCCGCUGACCAAAGUCGUGCAAGUUGCUUAAAUUGCAUCAUUUUGACAAAAUGCUCUGCACGAGUUGAGUCUUCGGUUGAGUCUUCGAAUCAGAUGACUACUUUUAUGGAAUUUAUAGAAUUUUAAAUAUUAUUAAAUAAAUUUUGCAUAUUUAUGGCA